UAUACUUUUACUUACCUUUUUGACAUUUCGAAAAUGGAUUUCUAAUGUGACAAUUCAGAAAUGUAUACAUAUGAAUGUCAAUCUUGUGCGAAAGCGAAACUUUCCGUGUAUAAGUUUAAGCCUGUAUGGUUUUAAAACUAGUAAUCUUGCCAAAUUGUCUUACUUUUGUGCUCCGGAUUUGGAUUAGAUUUAUGUACGCUUUAUUUAGUGGUUAGUUAGUGUAAUUGCUCCUUUUAUUCUGUUAGAAACAAUGACCGAAAACACAAGCCGGUCAAGAAACAUCUCAUUCGAGCAGCUAAAAUCUCUUAUAGACUUCAUGGGACAGCAUAUUGAAUUUGCCACUGGUAAUUGCCGUUCCUUAGAAGCUCGACAUGCCUCGAAGAGUUUAUGGGACGAGUUAACAAAAACCCUUAACAACAGUCGCACGGGCACUAAAAAGACUUCAGAUGGAUGGAGUAAGUACUGGAGUGAUUUCAAGAAUAAACUUAAAAACAAAGUGAGCAUAUUAAACAAGAGACAGAGAUCAACAUCAGUAUCAAAAAAAGGCAUAACACCAUUAAGUAAACUAGAAAAGAGAGCUCUUGUGAUACUGGGACCCUAUUUUGAGAGAAAAAAGGCCAGGAGAAAGUGUGAAUUCUCUAACAAUGCAAUGUCUAGUCAAAUGCCACCAGAAAUAAAGUUAGAAGCUUAUCAAGAUGAUGUUUUCAGUGAUUUCAGUAAAGCUCAAAGUGACACUAGUGAUAGGUUAUCAGAUGGAGAUAGAGUUGAAGAAUGUAUGGACAUAAAUAAUGAAUUUGAUGAAGAUUCUGACCAAAAUUCAAAUGAACCUCUCAUACAAAGUCUGUAUCCAAAAUGGUUGAUUCAAGUAGAGAAAAAACGCGCAGAGGCUGAACUUAUUCGAGCAAAAGCUGAAGAGCAUAGAGCAAGUGUAGCUGCCAAGAGUGCUGAGGCAAUGUUACUACAAGCCGAGGCUCUGAAACACAUAUCUGAAGCUGCCAUGACCCAAGCAGAAGCGAUCACACGGAUAGCCAUAGCAUUGGAGAAAAGGAAUAGGGACAAUAUGUCAAUAUGAUUGGUAGUCUAAGUGAACUUGCAAGUUUAAUUGGUGGCAGUGAAUGUGUUACAUUUUGAAAGCUAUCCUGAGGGUUUCUGCCUUUGUGACCUUGGCUGAAUGGAAUGAUUCCAUAGCCUGUGCACAAGCAGGAUGUCUGGACCAUUGGAGUGAAUAUUUUCUGGAACACAGAAGUUGAUUUUAAUCAGACUGUUCGUCAGCACACACAGCCAUGUAUCAACAUGAAGAUAUCUACUUGUGGUAAUAGCUACGUGUUUUUAAACUCUUAUUAGAAGUAGAAACAUCUUGGCUGUCAGUGAUAAAUAGGCUGCGAAAAGAGUAAAUCUAACCUUAGCAUUAAUACAACUAAGGUUAUUGUGUUAUAUUGUUUUAAUAAAGACUGGAUAAAAUAUAAUUUAAUGUCAUGAUAGUCAUUUUGAAAACUA